AUGGACUCCUACGCCGAGAACCCUCCCUCCACCAUGCCAGACGCCAAAGUCUCUCCUCCAACGCGCUCGUCUGGCAGCACACAGAACACCACCAAGCGCCUCCAAACCGAACUUAUGAACCUCAUGCUCUCGAACACGCCCGGCAUCUCCGCCUUCCCGUCUGACGCCACCUCUCUCCUGCACUGGACAGCCACCAUUGACGGCCCUGCCGACACGCCGUACGCCAAUUUGACCUUUAAGCUCACGUUCGAGUUUCCCAGCUCGUACCCGCUGCAGGCGCCGACAGUACUGUUCAAAACACCGAUCUAUCACCCCAAUAUCGACUUCUCAGGGAGAAUUUGCUUAGACAUCCUUAAGGAGAAGUGGAGCGCGAUCUACAAUGUGCAGAGUGUAUUGUUGAGCCUGCAGAGUCUGUUAGGGGAGCCUAAUAAUGCAAGUCCACUCAACGGCAAGGCUGCAGAGCUCUGGGACUCUGACCCGGAAGAGUUCCAGCGACAAGUGCUCGCUCGACACCGCGACUUGACUGACGAGGAGAUGGAGAUCUGA